GCCCCGCUCGGUGGUUUUGGCCCCGCUGUCGGGAGGGUUGGGGGGUUCUCUACCGGAGCGCUCUCGGUGUGCCGUGUGUCCCCUCCCCGCCGCACCGGGGCUGUGUCACCUGCCUGGGGGAGGGGAGCACGGGGAAGGUGAGAUGCUCCGUCUCUCUCCGCUCCCUUCCCCCGCGCUGCCCCUGCCGUGAUCCCUCCCCCGGAUGGAAGAGGCUCCGGGCCGGAGGAGCGUCCCGGCCGCGCUCGGAGCCAUGGAAGGGGCUCCGUGAGGCCACCCCGAAUGAACCCCGAGGCGCCGGGAGAGCCCCCCGCGCCCACCAUGGCCCAGGAACCGGCACCGGGCUCCUUCUACCCCGGCCAUGAGCUGGACCUGUCCACCAAGGGAGGACGGAGAGAGGCGGGCGGAGCCUUCCCGGGGCUGGGGGACGGGAAAAGCAGCAAAGGGCACCCCCAGGAUCGGGACAGGGAGAGGGACAGGGACAGGGACAGGGACAGGGACAGGGACAGGGACAGGGACAGGGAGGAACAGCCUUUCUUCAGGGAGAACCGCCCCGCGGAGGACGGAAGGACCGGCAAAGAGGGAAGGGACAACUCGGAUGAGUCUGAGGAGGAUGAGGAUGAGGAGGAUGAUGAUGAUGAUGAUGAUGAGGAGGAGGAGGAGGAGGAUGAAGUGACUUCUUACAAAAGGGAGCAGAUUAUCGUGGAGGUGAACCUCAACAACCAAACGCUGAACGUGUCCAAGGGGGACAAAGGCGUCCCCUCGCAGUCCAAAGAGACCGCGGUGCUCCAGAGCAGCAGCGACAGCGGCGACAGCGGCGACAGCGCGGCCGAGGCCACCGAGGACAGCAACGAYUACGAGGAGAACGAGAGGCAGAAGAAGAAAAAGAAGGAAAAAAGGCCGGAAAAAAGCGGCGCCGGCCCCAGGAGGACGCGCAGAACCACCACCGCCGCCGCCGCCGCUCCGGUGCCGGUUCCGCCCGGCAGAGCCACGCGGGGCCGCGGCCGCAGCGCCGAACCCGCCCGCAGGAGGAGGAAAACGGCCAAAGAGCCCAAAGGGGCAGCGGUGCACAAAGCAAAGUGCGAGGAGAAGGAGACGCUGACGUGCGAGAAGUGCCCGCGGGUGUUCAACACGCGCUGGUACCUGGAGAAGCACAUGAACGUCACGCACCGGCGCAUGCAGAUCUGCGACAAGUGCGGCAAGAAGUUCGUGCUGGAGAGCGAGCUGGCGCUGCACCAGCAGACGGACUGCGAGAGGAACAUCCAGUGCGUUUCCUGCAAUAAAUCCUUCAAGAAGCUCUGGUCCCUCCACGAGCACAUCAAGAUCGUGCACGGCUACGCCGAGAAGAAAUUCUCCUGCGAGAUCUGCGAGAAAAAGUUCUACACCAUGGCCCACGUGCGCAAACACAUGGUUGGUGAGUCGGGGGGAAAGGGAAAAUCCUGAUGGGAAUUGGGAAUUUCUGA